AUGUUUAUCCGCUCAUUGCAGCUUUGUGCUGCGGCCUCUUUGACUGCUGCCACGAAUCUCUUCGUCUCGGACUACUCUGGCGAUGUCUCUACCCUGUCUUUGACUGAGCACGGUGGUCACUACUCUCUGACCAAAGUUUCUGCCAAUACCGGCUGCGCCCCAAAUCCAUCUUGGCUCACUUUCGACACCAAUCACGCUACCCUGUACUGUCUUGACGAAGGCCUAGAAGUCACCAAUGGGUCACUCACAUCCUUCACCAUCGGCGACGAUGGCAGCCUGACCAAAGUCCACCGCGAAACCACGAUUAGCGGCCCUGUCAGUGGCGUCAUCUACGGCAACCCUGCUGAGAAGCGUUCAAUCGCAUUGGCACACUAUUCUGGCAGCGCACUCAGCACUUGGGAAUUGGACACAAACCGUACCGGUAAUUUUGCGUUUGAGCAAGACUUCCUCUUCAACUUGACCAAGCCUGGUCCUAAUGCCGAGAGACAAGAUGCACCUCACGAGCACGAAGCUGUUCUCGACCCUACCGGUCAAUUCAUCGUUGUCCCUGAUCUUGGAGCUGACCUCGUUCGCAUCUUCUCUAUCGACUCUGAGACUGACGAACUCACGGCUGAGAAACCUCUUGCUGUUCUUCCUGGCUCGGGACCCAGACAUGUUGCUUUCUACCAACCUUAUGGUGUUUCUGGCGCUAAAUCGACGAGUUUCAUGUUUUUGGUUUCUGAGUUAGGGAAUACGAUUACUUCUUUUGCGAUUUCGUAUCCUUCUGCUGGUGGUAUGAGCUUUAAGGAGGUUUACAAUACUACCUCCUAUGGCGACCUUGUUGUUCCUGAAGGCAAUGCUGCAGCUGAGAUUGCCAUCUCUCCCGACAACCGCUUCCUCAUCGUCUCAAACCGCAACAACACCUCCUUCGACAUUCCCAACCCAUCUCCCCACAACACCACCUCCAUCCCUUCAGACUCAUUGUCAACAUUUGCUCUGCAAAAAGAUGGCUCGCUCAAGCAUAUCCAGCUCUGGCCUGCGGGAGGAAUGUUCCCAAGACACUUUUCGCUCAACAAGUGGGGUGACUUGUUGGCUGUGGGUUUGCAGUAUGAUAAAAGUGUUGUUGUGUUUGAGAGAGAUGUUGCUUUGGGGACUGUGGGUAAACCUGUGGCCAGAUGGGUUGGUGGUGGAAAUGUCACUUGUGUCGUUUGGGAUGAGUAG